UGACAAGUUUCCAGCGAGCUGUGCAUCACGGGGAGAGGGGACACCCGGAUCCCGGCAAUAUAAGGUAUAGACGCCUCGGCUUGUGCAACACAGCAGCAGGGCAGAGCCCAUUUUACUCUUGCCUUUUUUGGAUCUGCACGCACACAGACCUCAGCACAAUGGAGCCGGCUCUGCGAUAGCGCAGCGCGAUACGAGCAGCACACAUAAAGUCGUCGCAGCGAACAUAAAGUCAUCGCGGCACACUUAAAGUCAUCGCAGCGCCGCUCGCCAAGGGUGCAGUUGCCGGCCAUCCACUCCCCGCAUGGCAGCUCCGCUGAUGGCGUGAUCGCCCAAGACUCCCACGUCCCAGCCAGGCCAGCGCCGCUCCCGCCCUCUGCCCGGCGGAGCUGCGGGCUCCGGGACCGCCUGCAGCCGCUGCCCGGCCGGAGCACAGCCCGAGCACAGCCCGCGGCUCCCCGAGGCAGCGCACCACGCUCCGGGGUCCCGCUCUGCGGCGCCGCCGAGUAACGGCCUCCCCAGCUGAAGAUGUCUAACAAUGGAGUUGAAGCAGAAGACAAACCACCUGCUCCUCCAAUGAGAAAUACCAGCACUAUGAUUGGUUCAGGAAGCAAAGAUCCCGGGACUUUAAACCAUGGCUCAAAACCUCUGCCUCCCAAUCCAGAAGAAAAGAAGAGGAAAGAUCGGUUUUACCGAUCUAUUUUGCCAGGAGACAAAACCAAUAAGAAGAAAGAGAAAGAGCGGCCGGAGAUCUCCCUCCCCUCAGACUUUGAACACACGAUUCAUGUGGGGUUUGAUGCAGUCACGGGAGAAUUCACAGGAAUGCCGGAGCAGUGGGCACGCCUGCUGCAGACUUCCAACAUCACCAAGUCAGAGCAGAAGAAGAACCCCCAGGCAGUGCUGGAUGUGUUGGAGUUUUACAACUCCAAGAAGAUCUCCAACAGCCAGAAGUACAUGAGCUUCACAGAUAAAUCAGCCGAGGAUUACAAUUCAUCUAAUACAUUGAAUGUGAAGGCUGUCUCUGAGACCCCUGCAGUGCCCUCAGUGUCUGAAGAUGAGGAUGAUGAAGACGAUGCAGCUCCACCCCCUGUGAUAGCUCCACGACCUGAACACACCAAAUCUAUAUACACCCGCUCGGUGAUAGACCCUCUUCCUCCACCUACCAGAGAUGUGGCCACCUCUCCUAUCUCUUCUCCCUCGGAAAACAGCACAACAGCACCCGACAUGCUGGUCAGGAACACGGAGAAGCAGAAGAAAAAGCCAAAAAUGUCAGAUGAAGAGAUACUGGAAAAAUUAAGAAGUAUCGUGAGUGUGGGCGAUCCAAAAAAGAAGUACACGAAUUUUGAGAAGAUUGGACAGGGAGCCUCAGGUACAGUUUACACAGCAAUAGAUGUAGCUACAGGACAGGAGGUUGCAAUCAAACAGAUGAAUUUGCAGCAGCAGCCCAAAAAAGAACUGAUUAUUAAUGAGAUCCUUGUGAUGAGGGAAAACAAAAACUCCAACAUUGUCAACUACUUGGACAGUUACCUUGUAGGAGAAGAGCUCUGGGUGGUGAUGGAGUACUUGGCAGGAGGCUCCCUGACCGACGUCGUGACGGAGACCUGCAUGGACGAGGGACAAAUCGCCGCCGUGUGCCGGGAGUGUCUCCAAGCCCUGGAAUUCCUCCAUUCAAACCAAGUUAUUCACAGGGACAUCAAGAGUGACAACAUUCUGCUGGGAAUGGAUGGCUCUGUCAAACUAACUGACUUUGGCUUCUGUGCCCAGAUCACUCCUGAGCAGAGCAAGCGCAGCACCAUGGUGGGCACGCCGUACUGGAUGGCCCCGGAAGUGGUGACGCGGAAAGCCUACGGGCCCAAGGUGGAUAUCUGGUCCUUGGGGAUCAUGGCCAUCGAGAUGAUCGAAGGAGAGCCCCCCUACCUCAAUGAGAACCCUCUGAGAGCCCUGUAUCUCAUUGCUACUAACGGGACUCCAGAACUGCAGAAUCCAGAAAAGCUUUCACCCAUAUUCCGAGACUUCUUAAAUCGCUGUCUUGAAAUGGACGUGGAAAAGAGAGGCUCUGCAAAAGAGCUGCUACAGCACCAGUUCUUGAAAAUUGCAAAGCCUCUAUCCAGUCUCACUCCUCUGAUUAUUGCAGCUAAAGAGGCAGCCAAGAACAACCAUUAGAGUGGUGAAGUCAACAGAGUCAUCAUGUCAAGACUUUCAGAUGUUCAUUUCAGAGACUGAAUUACUCGCCCUUCUCCCCUUCUGCUCCUUCUUCACAGGGGUGUUGUUAAAACCUUGACUUGCCCUGGAGGGUGGCAGAGGCAUUGUUCACUGUAUGUGGAAGGGCACACAACAGGACAUGGCUGAUCUUACAUGGUGAACUGUCCCGCCAUCCUCGUGAUGGGGACAAGAGGGGAAGAACAUUUUGUAUGGGUGAGCAGAUCUUUCUGAGAGCGUCUGAACCUGACCUACACGUAGUGAAGCCAGUUUGUUUUCAUAUUUCUUAUGGUGUUUAUUUUUAAAAAUAAUGUGGAGCCUUACACCAUGUUUAUCUUAUUAAAUUAAAUCUUUUGCUGGCUGCACUUUGCCUGCUUCUGCCAAGCUGCUGUUACACCAUGGAGGCUGCUCUGUGCUCUGGAUGACUCAAGGAAGGGAGGAAGCAGGCAGCAGCUCUGGGAACAGCUGUCAGCUGAGAGGGGAACCAGGGGGUGAAGGUGCCUCCCUCCUGCAGCACUGCUGGAUGCCUCGAGGAAGCUUGGACAAAGCCUAUGUGUGCUUCCUGCAGCCAUUGAAGAACUCGAUUUAUGGAUGAUCUCUUUGCCAAACGGUGUGAACUGCCCCCUACUCCCCCUUCCCCCUUUAGUGGCAACUCUACUAGCUAAACAAAUCUCAAAUAAUUUUUGUUGUUCUAGGAAAUAAAUCACAGGAAGAAAAUGACAGAGAGCUCUUUUAGGGUUGUUUUAUCAGUGCUGUGAGGCUUUUUAGAGAUGCUGCCCUGUGUGAUUAACAAACAGAGCAGUUACUAUUGUAAAGACAAGAUUUGCCCACAAAAUAUGUUGAGAACUCUUGUUUCUUAGAGCAAGUCCAAUGGAAAACAAACUGAUGAUGGAUGCUGCUUUCUCUGUGGAGAUGUGGGGACACAAAGUUUUUGAAAUGAUGGUUUCUUUAUGCUACUGAUUCCUUGGGUUGCCCAUAGUCUGUAACAAACAACAGGAAAUCUGGAACUACUAGAAGAGGGACUGGUUGUAAACACUGGGCUGAUGUUAAACUGUAUACUGAUUUUUUAAUAAAGUGACUGCUGCGUUUCUUAACUUGGGGAUAGAGGAGAACUGGAGAAUUCACUGUCACCAGACAAGUCUGUCAUGGCUCAUAUGGUCACCAGGUACUUGGAUGUGUUGGAUGAAGUAAUUUAACCUUGUUGCUUACCUCUUCUUCUGCAGUCCUGGGAUAGCAAGUGGCUCCCAAGGGCCACUUUACACAUAGUGAAAACCAUACAAAAAUGUGUAUUGUAACUGUGGGAGCUGCUUUUCUGUACUGCUCUGGUCACAUAUGGGGUGAGUUUAAACCUAUCCUGGAGUAACCUCUCAUCGUUCUGUUGGACAGAAAUUCAUUCCUUUGUGCUGAGACCUGCUGCUGGCUCAGCCCUUUCCUCCCUGGACCUGGGCUUUAAUUAAAUAUAUUUUUCUGAUUUGGCCCCACAGUCCAUGACAGCUAUUACACUAACUUUACUGGUGUAGGUACUGUGUGAGUUCUUUUGCUUCUGAGGGGCCGCCUUCUAUCCUUUGAGCUCCAGGGCAAUCACUGUUUGACAGAAGGCUGAGGGGUGAAGCCUGUUCUCCCAAUUUGCAGCCUCUCUCCCUUUGUGUGUGUAUAUUUCAUCUCCCAGUAUUGUUUAGUUUCCUCUCACAAACCUUGUAUCCAAGGAUGAAUUCCUUGGGCAAAACAGCAGAGCUGCCAACCUGGAAAGGGAUAUGAUCUAUUGAUGAGCUCAUCUCCUUGGAGCUUAGGUGGAGAUUGUGGAAUGGAAGGCCACUAUGCUUGAAUAAUUCCCUUUGAAAAGGACUUUGUAUUCCCUCUGGAAGACUCAGGAUGGCAUAUGUGGGAGGAAUAGAAUUAAUGGCUAGAUCUCUCUUGAUCUAAAGUCUCAUUUGACUGGCAGAUUUGGCAAUUGACUGUUUUUCAGGCAGCUCAGGGUUCAAUUUGAUCCACAAUGUGUUUAAUGUCUUUGACUUGUCUUUGAUUCCCUUCCCCACUCCCUUCUCUGCAUCUCACUGAGAUGAAAACCUUAAUGCAGAUGCCCCCUAUCUUGUGAGCAUGCACGGGAGCUUAUUUUCCUCCAGCAAGAUUUCUGCUAAACUUCCUCAAACUUCCCCAAAAAGGAUAGAAAAGGUUAUUUUUAUGUAUUUUAAGUUGCUCUUCUGGAUCCUCUAUUGCAUAAUGAAAAGGGAUGAGCAGCGACUGUUUAUCCCUCAUCUCACAAUGUGCUUCUGUCUCGUCAGCUUCCACAUGGACUCGGUCAUGCCUGGUUUCUGUUGGCUGCUGGAGAGGGGUGUUGCCAAAGGUCUUUCUUUCUGCUGGGAAAAGCUGCAAGACUGUUCCUAUGUCUGUGUGUCAUCUUGUCCCAGGCUGUUUUGUCCCCACUCAUGCUGGGUGAGUGGGAAAAAGGCGAUUGCUACAGUGUGCCUGGACCUAGUUUCUAGUUACCAGACACAUCCUGGUUUUAUGCUCUCAGAAAAUAUUUUAAAAUCUUUUUUAAAAAAAUUGUAAUUAGCCUAAUCUUAAGAAAAUGGGUUUAUUUUGUUCUAGUUGUUCUGAAAUGCAUCCUUUCCUCCCCUCUCCUUUCAUGUGUGAGUCGCCCAGCACCAACAUCUCUGCUAGCUCUUGAAGAGCCCUUUCUGUCUGCAGCACACUCCUGUCUAGAGAGGGCUCUUAAAUAGUGACUUUCUGACUUAAAAUUUAAUCUCCAGGGCUUAUUUUCAGAGAAUAUCUUGUCCCUGCUGUUACUUGAAAGUGACUACAACUUGACAGCUUCUUGGUGCCUUUUUCCCCCCCUAACUUUCUCUUAUUCUAGAGUUGAAACCAUUUUUAAUCACAGCUCUUAAUUAUUAAUUUGCCUAAUAUUAAAGUUCUCUCUUCCAUAUUAGAACAUGAAAUAUUCAGUUGUUUUGACUGUCCUUCCAGAAAGCUGAUUUCCUUUUUGGGGAAUCUCAAGCAAUCUUAUACCAGAAAUAGUUUCAUAUCCUACAGGCUUGGUGGAGGGAAAGUAAAAAACUCAUGUUCUUUUCUUAAACACAGAGAGUUGUCUUAUUUGAGUAUCAAUUGGUAUCUUCAAUAAGACUUUUCCUAUGUUUCAAGAAUGGGCAUUGAUUCUUUGUAUUAGUUUAGCUAUUAGGGUUUUUAAAAGAUUUUUUAAACAAACAAUUUGACUUGUGUCCAAGAGUUUGUGUGUGAAAGGGGUAUGGAGACCACGUGGGAAGAGGGCAGGUUAUUUGCACAACACUCUCAGGCACAUGGUGUGAUUCUUGGAGUUGUCCUGCUCAGGGCCAGGAGUUGGACUCAGUGAUCCUUGUGGAUCCCUUCUAACUCAGGAUAUUCUGUGAGGCUGAGAGGGAAGAGCCAGGACAGGGGUGGAGGGCACAGCAGAGCUAGCUGGUUGCAGCAGCAGGGCACACCUUUAGCCAUCCCUGAAAUGUCUUCAUUGAAUCGAUGUGUUUUUAAGGAGCAUAAAUCUGUCUGAUUCGUUGCUACAGGCAUUUCUCUAGGCAGGCAUUAUGCUCCUACCAAACUGCCUUCCUCUUUUAAACAAAAGGGGUGCAGGGAUUUCUCCAGCAAAGGAGGCUCCUUGAGAAAGGAGGUUUCCAUGGAGACAUUUACUUGACUUAAACAAUCUGGCAAAGGCUUGAGAAGAGGUUUGGUGGGUAGACACCACAUCGACACCACUGUUUUGCAAAGCAGCUGGAGUUGCUGCAGUGUUUUGUUGCCAACUUGAUGCCCCUUUUCAGGGGGUUGGUUUUGAAAAAGUGCUGAGAAUGUUGCCUGGUCGGGAUUGUGAGCAGUAUAAAAGUCUGUCUCUUCUUAGCUUAGCUGAGAUGUCUGUUAGUAUCCUGAUCCAUCUGUCUCAAAAUGCUGCAGGUCAGUGUAAGUAGGGCACGUUUGCAGCAGAGCACUGUGCAGGGAAGGAUUGCAAUGGUCUGUAGUAGGUGCUUGCUUUCUUAGAACAAACCCACCCCUCUUGGCUGACAGCAGAAUUGGUUCUGACCAGUUUCUAAGAAUAAUACUUGUUUGAAGCCUCCUUGUAAUUAAGAGCAUAGUCCACUUGUCUGGUGAAUGACCUCGUCAGUGUUAAAAUUGCUAAAGGUGAAAUGAUUAUCUGCUUGUCUUUCCCCCAUAACACAGCAAGACUUUCUAAUGGCUUCUUAUUUCAGCUGUAAUAGAGAGCCUGUAAAUGUAUUUUGGGGUCAUAAGCCCAAGUGGAUGGAGCAUAUGUAUAAUGAAUGCUGUAGGAUCUCAUAGUUUGUUGCUAAAGACAACUCACUGUGGCAAAGGUGGGACCUUAGAGAAGCAGCUGCCAGCUUUGACAGGGAAUGGCCAACAGCAACAAAACUGCAAUGCAGAUGGGAGCUGGACAGAAACUUGCUGCCAGAGUGGAGCCUACAGUGAAUGGUGGGAAAGACACAGAGUUGGUCCAAAGGGUGGGAUGAACCAUUAAAACUCCAAUUAUACACUUGCUGAGGAAAUUCAGGGAGUGCCACAGCAGUCUGCUGCAUCUCAAGGCAGCAGUGUCUCUGAAGGAGGAGAGCAGAAAGGAGCCUGAGAAGGGAAAAGGUGCUGAAAGUGGAGAGUGGAGCAGCAGUAUGGCUCUGAGUCAGCUUGUGCUUAAGAGCUGGAGCUAAUCCAGGAGGUUCACAAAAAAUGACAAAAUUCAGCUGAAAAGGAAAAGCGGAGCUAGAAAGGAGGAGAUGGCCUUGAUGUGCCAGGGAACUGAAGAGAGAGGCCAGAUUUCCUGAAUGUGUGAAACAGCAGAAACAAAUUUAACCGGCUUCUGUGGGUGACAAGUAGCUUGUUCCCUCCUGCCUUGCAGCAUCAGUGUCUUGUCUUUUUGAGAUCAGCUCUGCUUUGGGAUCAUGUCAGCAGCCACCCAGCUUCGGCCUCGUGUUUGUCAAGAAGGCUUUUUCUCUGCUCCUACUGACUUCUGACUGCAGCUCUCUGCUGUUGGUAGAUGUCUUUGUGUCGUGUCCCACCUGGAAAUACAGAAGCUGUUGCAGUUUUAAAAUCUGCUGGGUAAUGUAGUUCUCCCCAUGCUGCCUUGGCAUAACUCCUGUACUGUACUGCUGGGUUUGUUUAAUGUGCCAGGUCAGCUCAGCCAUUUUAAAAAUAAAAUUUGAAACCUUAUAUAAAACCUUGA